AUGUCAAGUAUAGUUAAUAGGGAAGUACUUUUUGGUUGUAGGUUUUUUCGACCAAGGGUACAACACUCAUUGAGAUUUUUUAGAUAUUAUAACGGUACGGGACUUUCAAGCUGCUUUGAAUAUAAAGCCAAGCAUGAAUAUUUGUCUGGUGUACUGAAUAAGCGCCACCCAUCGAUUAUCCUGAAUAAGGGCUCGUUCAGGUACUAUGGAAGACAGCGAGAUCAGAACCAAAGGUAUCUUUAUACGACUACGCUUCUGUCUAAGCUCAAGAUUAGAUUGAAAUGGUUUCUCAUAAGGCAAAAUAGGCCUUAUAAUAUUGACGAACUCUCGGCAAUAUUUUCUUGGGUCGUGAUGGGAAAUUUGAUUUGGAUCGUCAUUGGAACUACCACUUUUGUCGGCCUCUUACUCUACAUAGCAGACACUGGGCUUAGCGACAGCACAAUGAGCAAGAGGAUAUUGCUAGAUUUGUUGAAUUAUGACACCAAAUUGCUGAUUCUUUCAAAUGGUAAUAUGCAAUCACGAUAUGAAAAUGGCCGAAUCAUCCUGGAAAAUGUUACUCUAUGUAAUUUGGAUGAGAAGAAUGAGAACAUACUUUAUGAUGUCCAUGUGAACUCGCUGAGUUUAACUCUUUCGUUUACCAAGUGGUAUCUGGGUAGGGGUCUGAUUGAUACUGUAGAUAUAAAAGGCCUCAAUGGAAAAGCCUAUCUCAAUUCUUCUUUGGAAGAGGGAUUAUCACCAAGGCUUUCAAUAGGCCGCAGCAGAGUCAGAAACUAUUCUUUUAAUGCGGUUAAGAUUCAGGAUGCACGAAUUGAGCUUGUAUUGGCCAGACCCGACAAGUCUUUGAAGGUAUCUAUCUUUUCCUGCGAAUUGAAUCAGUUAAGGCCUCUUUGGGUUUUUUAUGAUUUAUUGAACGCUAACCACUGCUCCGGGUCCAUCAACGAAUCUUUGUUCAAUAUUCAUGAACGGCAGUUAAGGAACACCUUCGGCGAUGGAAAUACUUCGUUUACUGCCGAAGAUUAUCCUUGGAAAAGAACGGCAAGAUUAAGGGUCGAUCAAUUGGAACUGAACGGUAUGCCAAAGUCCGCAAAGCUUAAUUGGGUUACUAGUGGGAAGGUUGAGUUACUGGUAGAUGUAACGCUGCCUAGCGCCCCUGUUACUGGCAAUCAGGAAUCAUCUACGUUCUCACAAGUGAUUGAAAGAUUAUUCAGUACAGAUGAAGGUUUGGAAGAUAAGGAACGUGAACCUUUGUAUACUAUAAUUGACUUCAAAGUCUCGUUCCAGGAUUUACAGUGCACUAUGCCCCAAGAAUUACCUCAUGAUUCGCUAGGUGUUCCAUUGAUAUCACAUGAAGAAUUGAGUAAGCUAGUGAGAUUUAUUAAUAGCAAGAAAUUUGCCAGUCAAAGCAAAAUUGAGGAGUUAGAAGACUCAGGAUCCUUUGACCCAAUGGAUUUACCCUUGGAUAAUGUUGGGGAUCAUUAUGUGGAUACGAGUGACCACUUGCCUGUGAUAACCUUUAGGAUGGUAAGGCAGUUAGACGAGCUGGAGGGUAUUGAUCCCCUACGAGUGCUCGCUCUUUCCAGUGCUACUCAGAAUCCCAACACAAACAAGUUCAUCGAUGCGAUCCUUCGAGAGAUAAUAACUUCUAUGGUGAGCUUUAGAAAAGAAAUCCACACGGAAAUGAUCACAAAUUUUACAAAAAGAAGCAAUUUUGAAAUCUUCUUCAAUAACUUUUUAAUCAGCAACCUUAUUAUUGUGGGGCUAAGUGCUCUGAUAAGCUAG